CGCCAUGCCGCUGCUCGUUAACGGCGAGCGCGUCGACCUGGCGCGGCCCACGGCCGACAUGGUCCGCGCCCACCCGCACCUGGAGAGGUGAUGUUUCUCUCAAGUAAUGGACCCUGAGAAUUCAGCCACUGUAGUCUCUAUUAUCAUUUAUCUUUAGGAAAAGGCAAAACUUCUUAGAAGUCAGCCUGCUCAAAUUGUGGAACCCCGAGGUCUCCUAUAUGUCCAGCAGAGAGAAUUUGCCGUGACAAGCCCAAAAGAUGGUAUGUAGGAAGGUUCUGUUUCCAUUCUUGGCUCAGAUGAUGCAACUACCUGUCAUUUGGUUGUGCUCCGACAUACAGGUAGUGGAGCUACCUGCUUGACGCACUGCGACGGAUCAGACACAGAAGCUGAAGUGUCUCUCAUCAUGAGUUCAGUAAAAUCUUUCUCUAACACCACAGAAUAUGGAAGGCUGGAAGUGCACCUAGUUGGAGGUUUCAAUGAUGAUAGGCAGUUAUCACAAAAACUUACUUAUCAGCUUCUUAGAGCAUUUGAUCUCCAACCAGAUGAUGUUCAUUUAGUGACUUUCUGCGUAACAGAACUAAAUGACAGAGAGGAAAAGGAUAUUCACUUUCCAAUCAUUUAUGGAAUAGCUGUGAAUGUUAAAACAGCAGAGAUUUUCCCUGCAACGUUCCCAGAGAAAGGGCCAGAUGAGGAUUUGCGUUCAGCCCACACCUUAAUGGGAGCAUCGUUGACUAACAUUUAUGAUGCAAAGAUGGAACAACUACAUAUUGGACCUUAUUUUUGGAGGCCUUUCCCACAUGUGGACUUCUGGUUGGAACAAGAUGAUCAACAGCUCUUACAGAACCUUUCCACAUCGCCACUGGCUGAGCCACCCCAUUUUGUUUCCCACAUUAGAUCUACAUUAACAUUUUUAAAAGAACACCCAUUUCCAUCUCAUUCCCUGUUUCCUGAUGGGAAACCUCGCAUCUACAAAAAAAAUGAAGAAGGGUUGUGGGAACAGGUUUGUUCUGACAAGAUCUAACCUGGAGAUCAAGCUAACUGUUUUAGGGAAGUAUAGCCUUGCCAGAAGAGCAAUUUGCUGUACAAAAAAAAAAAAAAAAAAAAAAAAAAAAAAAAAAAAAAAAAA